UUGCUUUCCAAAAAAAAAAUCGAAUGGCUUCCCGUGUGCUUUGGAAUUCGCGUCGUCUCAGUUUUGACUGCUCUGUCACUAUUUUACUCCUACUCCUCUUCUGAGCCUCACUCACUCAAAACUCUUCAAUUCAAUUCAAAUUCGAAUUCCCAAUGGGCUCCUUCACUUGGGUUGGCGAGUACAACGCCGCCGUCUCUGCCGCCGACGUUGCUCCGGUGAGGAGGAGCAAGCGCCUCCACCGCCCUCGGAAGAUGGAGUUUCUCGGCUGGGGAUCGCGGCCGGUUAUUGAGUUCCUCGACUCGAUUGGGAAGGACACGUCGAAGCCGAUCUCCCAGUACGACGUCGCUUCGAUCGUGACGGAGUACGUCAACCAGAACAAGCUCCUCCACCCGACGAAGAAGAAGAGGAUCGUCUGCGACGAGAAGCUUCAUUCUCUCUUUGGGAGGAAGACGAUCGCCAGAAUCAAGAUCUACGACCUCCUCCAGCCGCAUUUCGCCGAUAAUCUCGAGGACGAUUCCGACGACUCGUUCGACGACUCCGACGACGAGGCUUCCGACGACGAGGCGGCGAGGAAGUCGAAUCAGAGGAGGAGAGCGGCGCUGCAUGCGCCGUUGCCGGCGCCGAAGAGCUGCUACGCGGCGGUGAUUCCGGAGAAUGUGAAGCUGGUGUACCUGCGGAGGUCGGUGGUGGAGGCUCUGGUGAAGCAGGAGGAGGCUCAGGUGUUUGAGGAGAAAGUAGUUGGGAGCUUUGUGAGGACCAAGGCGGAUCCUCAUGACUAUACGCAGAAGAAUUCUCAUGUGUUAAUGCAGGUGAAGGCGGUUCUGAAGAAGACGAAGCCGAAUUCGGAGGAGUCGUGUGAUGAUGGAGAUGGAGGUGGAGGUGGGGUUCUUCUUCAGCUUCAUGGAGCUUUCAAGGACUUCCCCAUUUCCAUGCUCUCUGAUGAUAACUUCUCCACGGAAGAAUGUGAUGAUUUACGUGAAAGAGUCAAAGGUGGUUUGCUGAAGAGACCUACAGUGGUGGAGCUUCAACAAAAGGUCCAGGUUCUGCAUCUGGAUGUAACAGAGCAUUGGCUUGCCAGAGAACUACAAUUUUUACAGAAAGCAAUUGACCGUUUUAAUGAAAAGGGAUGGCGCAGAGAGCUGUUUGAGCAUUUGGAAAGAAGGCAACUUCUGGAGUCUCCAGAUGAACAAGCACGUCUGUUGCAAGAGAUUCCUGAUGUCAUCGCAGAAGAAUUGGAGGUUGAACAAAAAGAUUCUCCACAUGCAAUGGAACAAGGAACCCACGGCUCCCCAGGAUGUAUCCUCAGGGGAGAUUCAAUUCCUAGUUCUGACAUACCAGUAGAAGGAACCUUAAUCACAUGGACUGCAGUCGAUGUACAUUCUGAAGCAUGCGAGGAUGGCCCAUUGCAAGACCAGCAGAAACAACCUGCAGAGUCUGUAAAAAAGAUACUUGAUGAGCCAAAACAAGUGGAGGACAACAAGGAUUCUCAGCAGCUUGUAGAUAAGCAUGUAGUGACAUCUCAGGUGGUUAAUUUGAGUGACAAUGACUCAAGUGAAGAACAGGAAUCCAAAAGAAAGUUUGAGAUUCCAGUUCACCAGCUGGGAACCUUAAUGUGGCACUAUUUUGAUCCCCAGGGAAAUGUACAGGGUCCGUUCUCAAUCAUUUCGCUAAAGCGCUGGAGUGAUUCUGACUACUUUCCUCAAGAUUUCAAAAUUUGGAAAACUGGUCAGAGUAGUGAUGAAGCUGUAUUAUUAACCAAUAUUCUUCAUUCGAAUUUUGUAAAUAGAAGUGUAUAUCAAUAGAAUUUGCAUGUAGCUCAUUUGCUGCUGUAGUUAUGUUUGUUCAAUGACUGGCCAAUAAUUUCAGUGUUGUGUUGAUUA